AUGGACGAACCGAAUAAUAUGAACAAUGAUUAUAACAACAUCUGUCAAUCGACUUACCCGGAGGACUUUAAUUUUGAUGACAACAAUCCUCCAAUUUACACGCCUGUUAAUUUGCAAUCCCAAUAUCAUAUUCAAGGUUUCCUCCCUCCUGCUACUCCUACUUCCUUUUCUCUCUCCGACGAUGUUGAUGCGAUGCCAAUAAAUACACGUAGUAUGGACCACGGGGAUACUGGAACUUAUACAGACGAUUAUACAUCGUAUCACGGUAACCCCUCUGAAUAUGGCGUUGACACAAUGAACGGGCAGUUGAAUCUACCGAGCCACGAUCAAGUCGAAAACCAUUCUUGUCCGCUUCCAGUAUCUUUUCAGACAGUCUGUGGUCCCUCUGUCCCUCAUUCUGAUACGACAAACGACGGUCCGGCAGACAAUAAUUUUCAACACCUCAACAAUACAUGUAUUUCAUAUAUUCUUAUACAAGUGCCCGCAAGCCACGAAUACGUUGUUAUGAGAGAAGAGCGGACUCAGUUAGGCAGAGUGUCUAGCAUUGGCGAAAUGUUAGCUUUGCUCGAAUGUAAGAAAGAAAAUUAA